AUGUCACAGUCGCGUGAUCCAAUAUGGUGACCUCAGGAAUAAUUUUGCAAUGUUUAUUUUAGAAAUUUCAGUGUAAUUUAGUGUAAUUAACAAUGUAAACUCUGAUCAUGGGUGGAAAAGAUUCAAAAUUAUCGUAUAUUAGCCAGGAGGAGGCUUUAAAAAGAGUGACAGAUGCUGAGUUGAAGAGACUUAAAGAUGCAUUUAAGAGAGUUUCUACCCUUAGUGGAUUUAUGACAGAGACUGUGUUUAUGAGGGAAGUUCUAUGGGAUGGAGUACCAACAAAGAUUGCCCAGUUGCUUUUUAAAGCAUUUGGAGGGAACUCCAAGGGAUUGUCAUUUAAGGAGUUGCUUGCUGGAAUGGUUGUCCUUACAAAGGGCACAAAAGAAGAGAAAAUCAAAUUGAUAUUUGGCAUGUAUGCUGAUGAGUCUUUCACAGUGAUCAACAAGGAUGAGAUGGACAGAAAAAUUGUUACAACAGAGGAUCAGGUUCCUCCAUCACUUACACAACUCUUUGCACAGAGUGAUCAAAUUGAUUAUGAAACAUUCCGUACAUGGGUCUACAUGAAUCCAGAUGCAACAAUUGUAACGAAAUGGCUGCUGACCGAACCAAUUUCAUUUUCCCUGUCCAGCGACACAGAAACACCAACGUUCUACCAGACACUGGCCGGAGUUACACACUUGGAAGAGACAGAUAUUAGUGAACUGGAGAAGAAAUACUGGAUUUUGAAAGCUCAGUCUAAGACAGGGAAAUUUGACCAGGAAACAUUUAAAUCAUUUGUCUGUCCUACAAUACCAGAAUCCCUUUGUGAAGCAUUGUUCAUGGCAUUUGAUGAGAAUCGUGAUAGUCAUAUAGACUUUAAGGAGAUAGCUUGUGGAGUGUCUGCAUGCUGCCGUGGUCCCACAAUGGAGAGACAAAAAUUUUGUUUUAAAAUAUUUGACACGGAUCAUGAUGGUAAACUGGGUGAGCAAGAGUUACGUGAGAUGAUAGAUUCUCUAGUAGCAAUACGGAUGGAGAACAAGGAUCCUGAACAAUUGGAGAGUGAUGCCUUUCUUAAGAUGGAUCCAAACAUGGUUGCCAAGGAGAUUGUGUCAUGUCAUGAUUCUGAUAAAGAUGGGUUCAUCACUAUGGAAGAAUACCUAGUGUGGACGGUGAAUAAUGUGCUCUGUGAUGAUUUCCUUGACCUACUUAGUCAGAUUUGCCAUGUAGUUCUUGGUCUUAAACCUGAAACUCCUGAAGAAGAAGGGAAGAUAAUUCUGGAUUGGUUAGCAAGAGAAGAUAGAAAGAAAAAGAAAGUUGGACAAGUGUGGUACCUUAUUUCAAUACAGUGGUGGAAUGCAUGGAAAAGCUAUGUCACAUAUAAAGUCACGGAAGAAAACGGGGUGAUAACGGAAGCACCUGCACGCAGUAGUUCUAACGAUGCUCGUCAUAGAUUACUUACACAGUGUAAAAAUCCGACAGGAUGUCUACCGUGGGACGAUGAAAAUGUAAUAAUGGUGAAUGUUAAUAAAACAAACUCUGUAUGUGAGACACCUUUGGUCGGAGAUUCGCGAGAAUCUUCCAAUCAGUUUAAUAGUCAUACGUUUCCAAGGACGUCACAUUCGUUGACGAGUACGCCUAAAAAGUAUAGGUUAUCUCCAGAAGUUGAGCACAAGACGAGGAGCCCGAGUGCAUCCCCGAAGUUGAAGAAAAGAGUGGUUAUUCCACCAAAACCUAGUAAAAUAGACAACAGCUCCCUUGUUAUACCAAAUCAGUAUAAGGUGAUGACCUUGACAAAUGAGGGAGGUCGAUUGAAGAGAGAUGUUAUGAUGGUAGAUGGGAAAGAUUUUAAAUUAGUACCUGAACCAGUCUGGAAGGCUCUAUCUACAUGGUAUGGGGGCUGUCCAGCAUUACCUAGAACUGUGAUACCAACUGGAAAGGGAGAUUUGAACCCAGAACUUGAGCUUUAUCCGGUAAUGGUUCGGUUAUUGAGACACCAGACUCAAGCUCAGCGUCCAGUACAGACUACUUCUAUUACCAGUGUGAUGACAGGGUUAGGUGGAAUGGCAAUUAGUACUAUGAACAGUUUUACAAAUCACCAUCAACAACCAAAGAAAUACCUGGCAUUUACAGCGUGUUUUAGUAAAUGUCAUACCAUGCAACAAGUGUAUGAUUUCCUAUGUACAAAAUUACGUUUCACAAGAGAAGAUUUACGACUGUGGAAAAUAAGCAGCAAAGAUGAGAACAAUAUGAUGAUGUUGGAUGAUGAAACAUUAACUGUGGAACAUGCAGGGAUUGAGGACUCACAACAAAUUUUAAUUGAAGUGAGGAACAAGGAUCUGACAUGGCCAGAAGAGAUGUCACAAUUAGCAAAGAACAAAAACAUGAAGAAAGAUCAAGUGCCGACGGAACCUGGGGCGACAGGUUUAAACAACUUAGGGAACACAUGUUUUAUGAAUGCUGCAGUACAAUGUGUGUCCAACACUCAACCUCUCACUAGAUACUUUAAAGAAGGCUUUUAUCAGUAUGAACUAAACAGAACAAAUCCGUUGGGUAUGAAAGGACAUAUAGCUCAGAGGUAUGGGGAUCUGGUCAAAGAUAUGUGGAGUGGUACAACUAAAACAACAGCACCUUUGAAAUUAAGGUGGACUAUAGGAAAGUAUGCACCCCGUUUUAAUGGCUUCCAACAGCAUGACUCUCAGGAAUUGCUAAGUUUUCUGCUAGAUGGCCUACAUGAAGACUUGAAUAGAGUACAUGAUAAACCAUAUGUAGAACUGAAAGAUUCUGAUGGGAGACCAGAUGAAAUUGUUGCUCAAGAGGCCUGGGAUAACCAUUUGCUGCGUAACCAGUCUGUGAUAGUAGAUUUAUUCCAUGGUCAGUUAAAAUCGCAGGUUAGAUGUAAGGAAUGUGGUCACACCAGUGUUAGGUUUGAUCCCUUCAACUAUUUGUCUUUACCAUUACCCAUGGAAAGCUGUAUACACCUUGAAAUUAUUGUGAUGAGAUUGGAUGGUUCUGUGCCGGUGAAAUACGGUCUACGGUUAAACAUGGAUGAGAAAUACAAGGCAUUAAAGAAGGAGCUUAGUAAAUUAGCCGACAUAUCGCCCGAACAAAUACUGCUUGUAGAAAUAGUUGGUCCUGUUGUCAAGACACUGCCACAUGAUAAUCAGAAGGUACGUAACCUGCUAGGUGGCUCCCUCUAUGCAUAUGAACUACCUCCUGUAGAAGAUAUUGAACCAAUCACAGCUGAGGACGAAACUUCGGAGAAAAAAUCAAACAUUGGUCUUAGUGAAAUACAGCGCGGCAUAUCAAAAAAACCAACUGCAGCAAAUGGACAUAUAGGGCGAUUACAGCCAGCACUAAAUGGUUUAGAUCGUGGGAGUAAUUCGGCAACAAGUACCCCCACCCACUCUCGUAACAACAGCAGUACGAGUCUUAACAUGAGUAUGAACAGUAGUGUUAGUUUAGAAUCGGGACAAAAAUCGGUCGGUGACGUGUUCAGUGGAUUUGUAAUAGCUGUGCAUAGGAAAAUGACAUUGAUGGACUUGUACUUCCUGUCAUCACAAAAGACCCGCCCUAGUUUGUUUGGCACGCCCAUUAUUUUGCCAUGUGAUGAGAAAGCGUCCAAUCAGGAUCUGUAUGAGUUUAUAUGGAAACAAGUUGCUAGAAUAGUCAGUCCCCUUCCCCCGUCAGAGGCCAAACUGUCCAACCAUGCUCUUGACUGUGAUGAUAGUCUGGGUUAUGAGUACCCAUUCACACUGAAAGUAGUUCAAAAAGAUGGCUUCACAUGUGCCUGGUGUCCUUGGUACAGGUUUUGUCGGGGCUGCAAUAUAGUAUGUAAUACGGAAAAAUUCAAUUUUGGUAGUUCAUUUAUUGCUGUAGAUUGGGAACCAACUGCUUUACAUCUUAGGUACCAGACCACAUGUGAACGGUUUUUCGAGGAAAAUCCGAGUGUUGCUGAGAGUAGAAAGAAGCAGACGGAACCAAUUGACCUUGACACCUGUUUACAGGCAUUCACAAAGGAGGAGGAGCUAGGGGAGGAUGAACUGUACUAUUGUUCUAAAUGCAAAAAACACUGCCUUGCUUCAAAGAAACUAGAUAUUUGGAGACUUCCUUCUGUUCUUAUUGUAAAUUUGAAAAGAUUUCAAUUUUUAAAUGGAAGGUGGGUGAAAUCGCACAAAAUAGUCAAUUUUCCCUUAGUAGAUUUCGACCCGUCGUGUUACUUAGCCCCACGUAAACAUUCCUUAUGCAACUGUGGUAUCCAAGGCAACAACCAAUCAGAAAUCAGUCCACAUGGAGAUGGUCUAGCCGUGCCAAAUACAGAGAAUGAUGUCUCUUGUAUCUGUGAUAAAAAUGAUCCAGAGUCUGUAUCACCGUCCAGAAGAAAAGAUGAUGGAGCGAUUGAGGAGAUGAAACAUUCCAAGAAAUGUGCUGAGAAUAGUUUCCCUAGCAACACUUCCAAUUGUCAUAGCAACAACAAUGCUACAUGUAAAACUAAAGGUUGCUCAAAGUUUGUCUAUGAUCUAUGUGCAAUGUCUUGUCAUACGGGUAUUCUUGGUGGUGGACAUUAUGUAGCCUUUGCCAAGAAUCCAAAUCAGAAAUGGUACUGUUAUAAUGACAGUAGUUGUAAGGAGGUUCAAGAGAGCCAUCUGGACACAAAUGCUGCUUAUAUUUUAUUCUACCAACGGAAAGAUAUCGACGUUUCUUCCUUUAUGCCGGAAAUCACUAACAAGGAUCCGGACACGCAAGAAAUAGACGAUGAAUUUGAGUCUGAUUUUAAACGCCUCUGUGUAAUUCAAUAGCAUAAACAGUUUUAUAUUAAAUUAUACCAGAUAUUUUAAUGGGGGCAUGCAGAUAUAAUAAUUAUUUAUGAAAAUAUAAUAUCAUACUUCUUUGUCAGAAAUAUGUAAAGCCAAAAAAAAUCAUCACCUUAGUGCAAUAAUAGGUUAACUCCUAUGAAAUUAUAAAAGGAGUUAACUUAUAACUGCACUAAGAUGACAAAAUAACAAUUCGAAUCAGGUAGUCCAGUCAAACAAAUAAUUUGAAAAACAACAUAUUUAGUAUUUUGCGAAAAAUAUUCUGAAAAGAAUUUCAUAGGAAAUAUGGGAAAAAAAAGAAGAAAAAGGAAAUCUGACACAAUGAUUUUCUUGGCAUUAGUCGUAAAGUAAAAGCAGAUUUAAGUUGCAUACAAUACACUAAUUAACUGUUCAGUGUAACCUGUUUUUACAGACCACCAGGAAAAAAAAGACCUUUGUUAAAAGUUCACUUUUAAUUGCAAUUUAAAGUCACUUCCACUCAAAAGUAGAAUAUGCUUUAGAUACAGGAAAUAACUUCACUCUAAAGUGAAACAUGUUCUAGGUACAAAAAGUAUAAAAUAUAUUUAACUUACAAAGUGAUUAAGAGGCAGACCAUUUAAGAGAUGUUAUUUUACAAAAUUACAAAAAUUUUAACCAAAAAAAAUCCCAAAGAAAAUUUGUAAAGAAAAUAAGUAUUCUCUGUGGAUUUUCUGCUUUUCUUUCUUUCUUUUUUUGACAGUAAGUGGGAGGGAGCAGGUUUUUUAUUGAAUAGAGAUGAGGUAUUUUUCUUAAUACUCUCUGUCAAAUUAAGUUUCAAUUUAAACGUAUCAUUCAAUCUGUAGCUUCAUUUUAAACAUUGUGCAUUAUGAUAUUACAAGAUUUAUUUUCAGUUUAUGCAUAAAUCCCUCUCCCCCCACCUAAGGGCUGGACACAUUUGCAAACUAGGAGCAUAAAUAAGUAUAAUCAUACAAAUUACAAAAUGGAGGGUUGAGGCUGCCAUCCCUGCGUGAUAGUAAGAGGCAAUUAAAUUGGUUCAAAUUACUGGAGUCUAUGCAUCUCUUAGCUCCAGCAGGUGAGGUGGUUUUGACCCCUAGUAUUGCUUUAAGUUUGUUACAUCCAAGCUUAGCCAAAAUCAUCUUUCCUGUUUCUGUGCCAUUUAACCUAAAAUGUGUAUUGGUGCCCUAUAAAACCAAACAAAACAAAUAAAAACAAAAUGGAAAAUGGCCUUUGAAGAUUACAAACAAUAAAACACAUUUAUAUUCAUUAAACAUGUACCAUGAUAUAAAAAAAAGCUGAAAAUGCUAUGAGCUGGUUUUUGUGUUGCCUUGAAAA